AGACGUGACUGAAACAGACCAGGAGAGGCGAGAUAAACAGCAGGAAGACAGGAGAAGAGACAGCAGACCGGAGACACGAGUCCACGCUUAUGCAACUUUCGUUAAAUUAAUCGCAACCUUCUCUAAAUACGUAAAGUUGCCUUUUCAGGAGUUGUUCCGUUUUACCGAAUCUCAUUCUUCUUCUUUUUUUACAAGAUGAAUUCACUGGGCACAUUUUCCAAAUGGCCUUCUAAUGACUCGUUACCCACCUCCUCAAGUGAGCAGACGGAGGAUGAAGCAGACAUCUUCUCAGAGGGAGAGGGCCACAGCGGAAGAAGACAAGCUCCCUUCGCUGAUGAGUUUUCUGGAAAUUGCGUCGAUUUACGACCUUAUUCAAUUCAGCUGCAGUCAAGGUCCAGCAGUGACCAGUCGGGACACUGUCCUGAAACUGAACACUCAGUAUCAUCUCUUGGCGCGGCCAGUUUAGGCUCAUCACCAGUGACACCGGGCGACCUUGUCUUCGCUCAGAAGUGUACAGAUUUGCACAAGUUUGCCCAUCCUUUGCAUAAACUUCUGAAGGGACUGAAGACAGGGCGAUUUGACAAAGGUUUGACCAGUUUCCAGCAGAGCGUUGCCAUCGAUAGAUUGCAGAGGAUUCUUGGAGUUCUACAGAAGCCUGAUAUGGGAGAAAAAUACCUCCAACAUCUGGUGCAGAUAGAGAUAAUGCUAAAAGUCUGGUUCCCUCAUUUGGCUUUUCAGUCCAUCGAUAAACCAAAACAAACCAUCACUCCCCAACUUCCACCACAUUGGUGCCAAAAUCAGCUCCAUAUGCCAGUGAAGAAAAGAAAACUGAGCUGUUUAGAUUUUGAACCUGCCGUCAAAAUCCCAAACAGGCAUAAGCACCAUCAACAUAAAAAGCCUUGGAACAGUGUUUCCAUGUAUCUACCUGCGUCUGCUGAGAAACUGGAAAUUACAGCGGAAGAAAGAGCUCAAGCAGCUGAGAGUAGCUGUAGAGCUGGACACAUGUUUACAGACAGCCACAGCACUUCCAGGAGGCUGGCAUAUUUAAGUAGCAAUAGAACGAAUCAGAUCCAGCAUGAGCUUUCUCCACCCUUCCAUUGUGGCAGCAAAGCUACACAAGACAACUCUGUGUCAUCCACUGGCAACGUUGCUGCAAAUGACUGACUUAGCUGGACUUAACUGACCUUGCUACCACAUGGAGGUGCCACAACAUGCCAGCCAGAGUGAGGGCAGAGGGCGGACUUGAUUACAUAAGCAUACAGUCAGGUGCAAAGUUGGUCUCUAAUGCCCACUAGUCAUUUAAAACCAGAGGAGGAGGAGGAGGAGGAGGGGAAAUGCAGAUAGACUCCAGUUACACCAGAGUUAUUGCACUAUAUUACAAGAAAUUGUGUAAUGUUUGUCUGCUUUUGCAGAUAAACAUUACAUCACUUUUGUAUACAUUGAAUUUUACAAACUUAAAAGGUAUAGGAAAUAUUCUACAAGUCCAAUGCGUUAAAGCAAUCUUUGCUGUGUUUUAUAACUUUUCAUGUAAUGGACCGCAGCUGAAACAGUGACAUGAGAGGUUUUCACAGCAUUGGUGAACAACAGAAAAAGCACAUAUCACUUUAAUGAGAUGAACAAACAGCAGAAGUUCAUUGUUGGUGUUUAAAGCUGAAACAAUGUGUGAGUUUAGCUUGAUUACUGUACUUGAUGAUUAAUAAAACCAAAAUAUUUCCCAGAGGUUAUUGGUUUUCUGUCCUGGGAAUUUCAACAAAAACAACUCAAGUAUUUGUUUUACAGUUUAAAAACCAAACAAUUAAAUGAUUAAUUGGGAAAGCAUCUGUAGUUCAUGUAAGUUACAGUUACACAAAUAUUUAAACCAUAAUCACAAAUAUAUAAAAAAAGUUGAUUGUAAAAAUAAAGGCCACAAAACCAGUUUGACAGGAUAAUGCAAAACUUUAUCACACAUUGCUUCAUGCUCAAUACUCAAUACUUUGAUCCUUUGUUUCUGUGUAGAUAAAGAUUAAAGUAGUUGCACUUGUGCUAAAAAGCUAAAACGCUGCACAGGAAAUACAACAGAAUGAGCUUGGUGAGAAAAUGGGCAAAGAAUUGUUGGAUAUAUCAUAAUGUGUCAGCUGCACCUUUGGAUAUAUGAGUGAACCUGAUUUGGUAUGAAAUUACACACAUGAGCUGUUGUGUGAGUUUUUAGUAAGUGAAUAAACAGGCAAAAUACAGAAUGUUUUAUUCUGUGUGAAACUUGACAAAAGUAUUUCAGGAAAUGUGUCUAUGUGCUGACUUAAGUGUUACACCUAAGACAAAUGCUUUACAGGAGUUAGUGUUUUAUUUGAAAUAUGAAUGUAAAAGAUAAAAGGUAACUUAUUUUGUGAUGACAAUGGGAUUGGGAAACAACAGUUUAUGGAUUUGUGUCACUGACGAGCUGUUGUGCUUUACUAUUGAUUAUUGAACAAGAAAUAAUGACAUUGAGUUAUUGUAAACAAAACUCCAUUCCUGAACACACAGAGUAUUUUUGAUAGCAUUUGGGUAUUGUUUCACCAUAGUCCUAAAAUGGAUAUCAUUCAUGUUGAAUGGCAUUUCAUCUUUGUUUGAUUAUCACCAUACAGCCUUAAAGGUAACCAUACACUGCAAUUACUUAAACAUUAUAUAUUUUUCACUCAAUAUGUGCUGUUUAAUUAAUAUUGGUCAUGUUGUCAUUGAAUUAUUUGAAAUCAAAUUUUUAAGCAUAUGGCAGAGAACAACGUGUUGUGCAGUGUUGCAGAGACAUAACAUGUAGCAUCUAUCAGUACAGGUGUUUUUGUGCUGACUACAUAUCUGUGUAAACAACAUUUGUGAAAUAGGAGAAAACUGAAAGCUCAGUAAAAAUAUUACUACCCAGUUGUAUGUCUUAAAUUAUUUCUUGUUUUUAAAUUAUCUUUCAGCCAUUCAUACGUGUCUUGUGAUUAAAUGAUCAUUUCUGGUGUUUGAUAAAUGCUUUUAUAUGAUGUGGGUCAUCAGAAUGUAUUAUGUUUAUUUUUGACCUAUGAAUAACUAUUUAAAUAAAUGUAAUUGUCUUGUACUUUAAAGAUUUGUUUCCCUGUAAAUUAAAAAUGUUUGAACAUGAAAUUUAGCAGCAGACAGCCAGUACAUUAUAACUGGGGGCAGCCUAUUGCCAAGAGGAAAGGAAUUGGGCUUGUCAAUGGUUCAAUCCUGGGAAAGGCCAAGGCCUGUGGUGCCCCUGAGCAAGUCACUGAAUCUCCUGUUACUCCCUCGUACACAGUUAGGGUUCUGCCCGCUUCUCCUGAGUCUGGCCUGUGUGUGUUCACUAGAAUAAGGAUGGUUUGAAUGCAAAAAUGACCCAUUCUAUUUUACUGUUGUGCAUGGGAUUUCAUUUAUUUGACUUAAAUUAUGGAAUGUUUUCAUAAUAAACAAUUAAAAUACAAAAUGAAUAAUU